AUGGAAUGUGAAGUGGACGGUGUGCCGCAACGUGAUGGAAUGGUCAAGUGGCUACGGGACGAUCACGUGCUUGAAGACGUUUCGUUUAUUGGACAGACAAGGGCUGUCAUGAGACUAAAUGCCUCGCUUGCAACAAGCGGUGCUUACACCUGUCUCGCUGACAACGGGAUUGGGACGGCGAAUCACACCUUGGCUUAUCUUUUGGUGAAUCGUGCGCCCGCAAUAAGCAGACAGCCUUCGAUGCUUCGAGCAGCCGGGCCGUUGGGUGGUCAAGCGCAUCUUCGUUGUCGUGCGCACGCUGUUCCUGAUGCGCGUUUCCAGUGGAUCAUUCAAGGCCAUUCCAGCCCUCUUCGCCAUAACAAUUCCAAAUACGCUUUCACCACUUCUCAGCUCGAUUACACCACAUUUGAGGUACCGUUAAAAAUCAAAGGAUCACUUUACAUUUCCUCGUUGGAUCGUUAUGAUUAUCAGUAUCCAGUGAAAUGCAGAGCAGUCAAUGUGUAUGGAGAUGAUGCAGUUGAAAUACGCGUCAGUCAGCCAACAGCACCCGACACGCCACUGGCUUUACGAGUCUCUAAUAUUACAAAAAACUCGCUCUCUUUCCACUGGAUUCCUGGAUUUGACGGUGGUUCUGAGCAAACCUUUGAAGUGCGCUAUCAAACACCAUCCGAAAGUGUUUAUCAUGUCAUUAACUCGUCCUCACAGAAUGUGGAAAUUCGAGGUCUACAGCCAGCGCAGUUGUACGAAGUUGCUAUCCGGGCACUGAAUAAACGUGGUCUGGCAUCUGAAUUUUCUCGCCCGCCGAUCACAGUCUACACGAAAGAUGAAUACGGAAUGGAUGUUGUUAGCUCGGAAAAGAGGGAUCCUUUUUCAACGCCAAUAGUGUUGUUAUUCGGUAUGUGUUGCAUUGCUUUACUGCUGGUAAACUGCAUCCUGCUUUGUUACAUGCAUCAGCGAAAGAAAAGGAGGAAAAAGAUGCAAGAAAAAACUGAAAUGGUACGUAAAUCCAGUGGCGGUGGUACGGAUGUGCAGCCAGUGCAAAUGUAUGGCGCACUGACAAACGUCGAGAGUCCAUGUCGACCAGGGUCUAUGAACACAAACAGAAGUGAAUUGGGCCGCGAACAAAAUUCCGAGGAUGAUCAGAGCGUACGCACAAUGAUUGAAGUUAGCCCAAAUGGAUGUGUACAACCAGCGGAGCCAGCUAAUUAUUAUGAAAAGGAUUGCAUCAUCGAGUACGAUUUUGAUCCAAACUUGUACAGCGAUGUAAUCAAAUCCAGUACAUUACGAAGGGGUCUGCAUAACUAUGCAAAUGUUCGGUAUCCGGAUGUUCCAUGUCAUAAAGUGUCGGACGGUGGUACGCUGAUGAGUUGUCCAGAUGGUGGAGGUGGUCCAUUGUCGCGGGGUACGGAUGUGAGUGCUAUGGAUUCUCCUCGUCGAAUACAUAAGCCGCGUAUCAUUGAUGACAGAUCUCCGACUAGUGUACAUGCAAACAGUAAUAAUAACAAUAACACAGUCGGCCCACAGAUGCUGAGCACCUUUGUCCAGCAGGGUGCAGUCCAUACGACUCCAUUAAAUUUUGCACAUAUUGACGGUGAUCUCGUAUAG